CGAAGGGUUUUUGUUUGCCAAUUGCCACCAUGGAUGCCCCCACAACUCCAUCGAAGAACCCUAAGGGGGCUUCCAAGCUCCUCGCUGAUCUUCCAUCCAAAGGGCUUUUUUCCUCCGCUGUCGUUUCUUCCAAUUUGGGUGGAAUGCGGGUCUAUGUCACUGAUCAUGAUACAUCGCCUCCUGAAAACCAGCUAAUAAAGACAGAUCAGAUGAACAUACUUAUUAGAUCUCUUUUGCUUAAGCAACAACAAAAAGGGGAAUCAAGUGGAAAAGGUGCAAAAGAGGGUUCAAGAAAGAGGGCUUCAGAGAGAGCUGUGGAUGGUAGGGCUUCUACAAAGAGGGCAGCUUCAAGCUCUCAACCCCAGCCAGAGGGGCCUAAAUCACGGGUACCUGACGAUCUCCAGAGGUGUACUGUAGAGAGAAUUCGGUUUCUUUUAAAGGAGAGAGGGCUUUCCCAGAGAGGGAAGAAGGAUGAACUAAUUGCGCGCUUGAGGUCUGCAACAGAUGGAGCAAGCUCCGCGACUUGAAACUUUUGAGGUAAUCAAUUAGUGGAGAAAUAGGUUAUGGUAAACACAGCAAGUUAAUCUGUAAACUCCAUAUAUGCUGAUGCUUCUGAUUACAAUUAUAGACUUUUGUUUAUGUGAAAAUGGUAGUUUUGGUA